UUCUCAAAUGAAUUGUUCUCACGUCUGUAUGUUUUAAUACAUUUAAAAUUUAAACCAUCAUACUUUUGAAAAGAUAUUUUUCAAAUUAUCUCGAACAAAUUACAGGUGGAGAAAAACCGAAGAUAAUAGGAGUGUCCUAAUGGAAAGUUAUGACAUUCGUUUAAAACGAACAGAGUAUUUAAAGCAGCUGAUUAAAUUUCGAUCUGAGGGUAGAAACAUAAUUUAUACUGAUGAAACUUAUAUACACAGCAGCCAUACUCCACCAUAUUACUGGGGAGAUCAAAGUGGAAAAACGUUCAAGAAACCAAUUUCUAAGGACAAAAGGCUGAUUAUUGUUCAUGCUGGAGGAGAGACUGGAUUUGUACCUAACGCUCUGUUAAUUUUUAAAUCAGGAUCCAAGAGUGGUGACUAUCAUGACGAUAUGAACCACCUUAAUUUUAUGAAGUGGGUCAGAAGUCAGCUCUUACCCAACUUACCCAAAAAUUCGGUCCUGGUAGUUGACAAUGCAUCCUACCAUAAUGUAACAAUGGAAAAAAAUGUGACGUCUGCCAGCCGUAAGGAUAUUAUGGUAAAGUGGUUACAGGAAAAAAGCAUCCCUUUUCCAGUAAACUUAACCAAGCCGGAAUUGUACAAAAUUAUACAAGUCCAUAAACCACGUUUUCCACCUGUUUAUGUAUUAGAUCAUGAGCUUGAACAACACGGGCACAAAGUACUUCGCUUGCCUCCCUAUCAUCCGGAGUUAAACCCUAUAGAAAAAAUAUGGGCUUUGGUAAAAGGUAGGGUGGCCAGUCAUAAUACAACAUGCAACAUAAACGAUGUUUAAAAUAUAACGAAAAAAAAUUUUUCAGAAGUGUUAAUACAAGAAUGGGCUAGCAUAUGUAAACACGUAAACAAAUAUGAAGACACCCUAAUAAAAAAAGAGCAUUUGUUAGACGCUACGCUGGAAAACCUAAAUUUUUUUAUUAAUACUGGUUCAUCAGAAGAAAGCUUUUCUGAGGAUGAGGACAGUGAUUCAAAUUCCGGAAUAGAUAUCUUAGAACCAUCCGAAGAAUCGUAAUUAAAACUUUGUUUAGAAUCAUUGUUUAGAAAAUAAAUACGUUAGAAUUAGUAAAAAUAAACACUUGUUUAAUUUUUUUUAUA